UGCAAGACUGGAUCAAUCACGGAAUUAAGGAUGCAUCAGAAUUUGACGGAUAUAUAAAUUGGACUGAGUUAUUGAACAAGUUGGUUAGAAACCCCAGAGGUCAGAUGAGCUCCAAAUUCGACUGAAUCACCUAUCCAUGCUUCAGGAAUAUCAUGGCCGUGAUAAAAUGGGACGUACUUAUACCAAAGAGAACUGGUGACAGGAUUCCUGUGGCCUUUGUUCUGCUGGAGCUGGUAAUUGAGAUUUUCUUUGAGUUAUACGUGGUUUUCCCAACCCUCUUUGAGCCAUUCUCCCGGAGUUACAACGUCCAUUUAUCAAUCGGCCUCUUCCUCUUCUUCAACUUCAUCGGCAACUUCUACCUGAGCAUUGCCACCGACUUGACAUCGGGACCAAAUAUUCUCCCGUCGGUUCUAAAACCGGACUGGACCUACUGCCCGACCUGCAUGAUCAACAGCCCCCCUCGGUCAUCCCACUGCUUCAUCUGCAACAUCUGUGUCCUGAAGCGUGACCACCAUUGCCUGUACACCGGAAAAUGCGUAGGACACAACAACCAGCGCUACUUCAUGAUGAUGCUGGUGUACUUUGCGCUCGGCGCCCUCUACGCCAACUACCUGAACAUCGAGUUCACGUACGAGAUGCUCAACAGCCUCAAUUGGCGAGUGGUCAUUACGUUCUUCGCACCCGUCAUUGGAUGGGUCUUUGGUUUCACGCAGUCUCUCUCCUUCCUAACUUGCCUCCAGUGUAGCACCUGUGUUAUUUGCCUCAUGUUAUCGUUGGGAAUGAUCUACUACCAUUUGGCGCUCAUCCUUCGAGGGCAGACCACCAGAGAAUGGCGGAAAGGGAUCCGUCGGUACAACCGGGGUUGGUGUCAGAACCUGCUGGACGUCUUCGGGACCAGAUGGUACCUGAUUUGGUUGUGGCCGUGGAUCUCAUCCCCACUGCCAGGGGAUGGCAUCCAUUUUGUGAAGAGAGAAAAAAAUUUGGAGAAUGUGAAAGAUAUAUGACAAACCUGACAUUUCAUUUCAUUCUACAGUGACAGAAGAACUUUUAACUUUAAUUCACAUGCAAUGAUUGUUUCUUAUAUUUAUGAAUCACCAUUUGUAUUUAUUGCAUACAAAUCAUAUAACGUUCCGUCAGUA